AUGCCCCGAAUCAACCGCAAGCGUCGCUCCGACGCCAUCUCCCGCGACGCAUCCCCCUCCGACCCCCCCAACCCACCCCCCAGCCGCAGCCGCCAACGGUCCUCCUCUUCAGAACCUUCAGAAUCCACCCACUCCCCCGACGCAGGCGGCGCCGACGACGACGAUCACUCCUCCGAAACCCAAGCGGACGCACAACGCAAAUCCCUCGUGAAAAAACUCGUGCGGCUGGCCCUCGCGACAGAGUACUCGCGCACCCCGCUGCGGCGCACGGACAUCACAGCCAAGGUCUUCAAGGACGCGGCGGGCAACAAUGUGGCAGCGGGGCCACACGGCGGGCGCUCUUCCGGGUUCAAGCAGGUGUUUGACGAUGCGCAGAAGGUGCUGCAGGGGACGUUUGGCAUGGAGUUGCGCGAGCUGCCGAGUCGGGAGAAGACGACGCUGAAGGAGCGGCGCACGCAGGCGACGCAGCAAUCGGCUGGCAAGGGCGGUGGGGGCGGUGGUAGUGCGGGUGCGAAUCAUCGAGGUUAUAUUCUUGUGAGUGUGCUGCCGAGGCCGUAUCAGGAGAGUGUGCCGGUCUUGGGGGUGCCGAACCGAGCGCCGAGCCAGGAGGCGGAGGCUGGCUAUGUGGCGUUCUACUCGUUCGUGGUGGCGCUCGUGUACCUCAAUGACGGGGAGGUCGCGGAGCAGAAGCUGGAGCGGUAUCUGCGGCGCGUGAACGCGGAAAUGCAGACGCCGUUUGGCACGCUGGAAAAGGUCAAGGCGCGGAUGGUAAGGGAGGGGUAUUUGGAGCGGAAGAAGGAGCAGGCUGGUGGUGAGGAGGUCGUGAGCUUCACUGUGGGACCGAGGGGGAAGAUGGAGGUGGGGAGAAAGGGUGUAGAGGGGUUGGUGAGGAGUGUGUAUGGGCUGGGGGCCGCGGGGGAUAAUGGGGAUGGGCCCAAGAUUGAGGAUGCGGAGUUGGCGAAGAGGUUGCAGAGGAGCUUGGGGGUUAGGGGUGAGGUCUUGGGAGGGGAGGAUGGCGAUGGUGUCCCGCCGAGUGCGGGUGGCAGUGGCCGGCAGAGUCGGAACGAGAGUCGCAAUGGCACGCCGCAGCCGCGGACACAGCAGCAGCAGCAGCAGCAACCCCGGAGAAGAGGCCGGCCCAGAAGAGCCGCUCGCGAUGACGACGAUGUAGACGACUAG